UCUUCAAUCUAUAGAGAGAGUGAGAGAGAAUGGAGCUGUGCGUUAUGAGCUCAACGACCACGAUAAACCCGUUUCAUUCAUGUGUAACCCAACGUCUUGGUUCUCCUCGUCUCCUCCAACCCGAUAGUUUAUUCUUCUCUCGUGAUGGUUGCUCUGUGCUAAGAUUCAACGGGAGGCUGAAGAAACCAAUCAAGCCCUUAGAGCUAUCUUGCGCCGCCAAGAAAAUUGGCGGUGGUCGGCGAUCAGCGGCUUCAACCAAGGCCCCUCCGGCGGUUGAACCUAGCGUAAAGGAAGACAAGCUUCCCGCUGAACUUCAGGUCAAGGAGACUAAAGCGCCGAAUUCAAGUGUGAAAUUGAGUGUGGAAGUUCCAGCAGUUGUCUGUGAAGAUUGUUACCAGAGAGUUCUAACCGAGUUCAUGAAAAUGGCAAAGGUUCCUGGAUUCCGUCCUGGAAAAAGAGUUCCGGAGAAUAUCAUUGUUGGUUUCGUUGGGAGACAAUACGUUUUGCAAGCAACUGUUGAAUCUAUCUUGAAAAGAACACUUCCUCACGCCAUGGAGUCCGUGACUGGAAAGGCUUUGAAAGACUCGAUACAGAUAUUAAGCAGCUUUCCGGAGAUGGAGAAGGCUUAUUCUCAGCUCAAGACUCUUAGUUACGAAGUGGUUGUUGACGUUGUGCCUGAGCUGAAAUGGAAUCCUGAGAAUGGGUAUAAAGAUAUGAAGGUCGUUGUGGAAUUAGGCGAUGAGAUUGACGCAAAGAAAGCUUGUGAAAGACAGCUUAGACAGAAAUACAAGUCCCUUGGUGCAUUGAAGAUUGUCACUGACCGAGGACUACAGGUGGGAGAUCUUGCAGUCAUUGAUAUAUCUGCUACAACUAUAGACGAGGAUGGAUCAACGGGUGAAGCCAUUCCUGAUGCUGAAAGCAAAGGUUUUCAUUUUGACACAGAAGAAGGGAACAGAUUGCUUCCUGGCUUCCUUGAUUCAAUCUUAGGUAUUCGAGCUGGCGAAUCAAAGUCAUUCUCGCUCGUGUUUCCUGAAUCAUGGAACCAAGAAAACCUCCGUGGCCAACGUGCUCAGUUCACAGUUGAUUGUAAGGAACUAUUCUACAGAGAUUUACCAACGUUAGAUGAUUCACUUGCUGAUAAAUUGCUCCCUGGAUGCACCACUUUGAAGGAGGUUGAAGAAACUCUGACUAAAAGAUGCCAAGAGAUGGAGCAGGAAGCCAAGGAGCAAGCAACAGACAACGCCAUCCUUGAACAGAUACGAAAGAUGGUUGAAGUAGAGAUUCCUCAAUCUUUAUUUGAGGAACAAGGAAGACAGUUUUAUGGAGCUAGGCUUCUUGAGAUUCAGGGAAACAUGAAGCUCAACGAAGAACAAUUGGCUUCUCUUUCAAGUCAAAAAGCAGUAAAUGAGUUUCUUGAGACUCAAAGAGAGAGCAUUACCAACAUAAUCAAGCAGAAUCUGGCUGUUGGAGAUAUCUUCAAGCGUGAAAAUUUAGAGUUCUCAACAGAUGAACUAGUUAAAGAAGUCGAGAACUCGAUCACAGAGUUCAAGAAACAUAAACAAGAGUACGAUGAAGAACGUGUGAAAGAUCAGGUACAAGAGAUUUUGGAAGGAGCAAAAGUGCUAGAGUGGUUGAAAGAACGAGCUGAAAUUCAAUACAUUACUCGUUGAUUAGCAUCAUGUGUAAUGUACGUAUAUGAUCUGCAAAUUCUGUUUUUCACGAGGAUUUUUUGGUUUGAGUUAUGAUUAUUUUGUCAUGAGAAGAGACCUUUUUCGAUGAUUUUGUAAGAUUAAUAACUGCAGUAAAUUAUUU